CACAGCGAGUGUUUCCAUUCAGCGGUGAGCAACAGGUUCAACGGCACGCCUCGCUCCUUUUAGCUUGACUUCCAAGGCGCCGAGGCUUGUGCGCAGCGCCGAGUCCUCUGCAGUCGGGAGGCCGAGGCCCGAAGUGUCCCACAGCGCCGGGCAGGUGAGACAGGGACGCGUUUUAAAUCGAAGCGACAAGAUGGACAUUGACAACAUGGUGCAAAACAGCGCUCUUGUUAGAGCCAGAGAAGGUGGAGGAAGCAAAGGCAGGAGCUGGAAAUGGAGAGAAAUGCUGCGCUUUCCCCACAUCAGCGAGUGCAGGGACCUGGUCAAGACCAUAGUACGAGACUACGAUGAUCUAUGUGUCAAGCAGCCCAUUGGCAAGAAACUGUUUCAGCUCUAUUGCCUGAAUCGGCCUGAACUGCACAACCACAUGGGGCUCCUGGAGGCUUUGGAAACCUUUGAAACAAUGGCAGACGAAGGAAGGAAAAGCUUCGGGCUCAGUAUCAUUGAGAGAUUUAUGACAAUUCAGUCCAGCCAGUGUGUGCCCUCUGUAACAAAGUAUGAACAAAGCUGCAGGAAGAGUUUGGAGCGUGAUCACUGUGAAGAUGUCUUUCACAAAUGCACAGAAGUUCUGCAUGAAUACCUCAGCCAGGAGCCCUUCACACAGUACCAGUUCAGCAUGUACUUUGACCGCUUUGUGCAGUGGAAGAAGCUGGAGAGGCAGCCUAUCACCAAAUACACAUUCAGAGAGUACCGGCUCCUGGGAAAAGGGGGCUUUGGAGAGGUUUGGGCUUGUCAGACACGAGCCACAGGAAUGAUGUAUGCCUGUAAAAAGCUGGAAAAGACUCAUGUAAAGAAAUGGCAGGGAGAGCACAUGGCCCUCAAUGAGAAGGAGCUGCUGGAGGAGGUGGACAGUCGAUUUGUGGUGAAUCUUGCAUAUGCGUACGAGACCAAACAUGCUCUCUGCAUGGUUUUAACCAUGAUGAGCGGCGGGGACCUGAGGUUUCACAUACGCCACCUGGGAAAGCCCGGUUUAGAAAUGGACAGAGUGUAUUUUUAUGCUGCCGAAGUCUGCUGUGGUUUAAUUCAUCUCCACCAGAAGUCAAUAGUUUACAGAGAUCUCAAACCCGAAAACAUUCUCCUGGAUGACCAUGGACACAUCCGCAUCUCUGACCUGGGCUUGGCUGUGAAGCUGCAGGAUGGGUGUCUGGUGCAGGGCAGGGUCGGCACAUUAUACUAUAUGGCUCCAGAGGUGAUCAGCAAAGAGGAAUAUGACACGAGUCCUGACUGGUGGGGCCUAGGGUGUCUGAUUUAUGAAAUGAUUGAGGGUCAGUCUCCGUUCAGGGCCCGGGACGAGCGCCCCAAGUCCUCAGAAAUGGAGAAAAGGAUCAAAUUUAAAACGGUGGAAUACAGUGACAGGUUCAGCAAGGAGGCCAGGGACAUCUGCAGUGGAUUGCUGGAAAGGGAUCCAAAACAAAGACUGGGUUGCCAAGGCUCAGGACCAAAAGAAGUGAAGUCUCACCCCUUCUUUCGAAAGAUCAACUUCAGGAUGCUGGAGGCAGGACGGGUGGAGCCUCCUUUUAAACCAGAUCCCAGGCUGGUGUACUGCGACGACGUGCAGGACAUCGAGGAGUUCUCCACACUGAGGGGAGUCGUUCUGAACCAGACAGACGGAGAGUUCUACACCAAAUUCAACACAGGAAGCGUUCCGAGGAGUUGGCAAAACGAGCUCAUAGAGACGGGAUGUUUCGAAGAACUGAAUGUUUUUGGUCCAAUGGGAUCUCGACCUGCGGACCUGGACUGGUCCCUGGCCCCUAACAGCCCCAAGCGUGGUUUGCUGCAUCGAAUGUUCCGCAGACAUGGACGAAUUCAGUCCGAUUCUUAAAAGUGUGGAUGGAUACCAUGACGUCAGACAUUUGAUUUAAGCAUUUCCUCCGGCAGCACCCGUCAGUUUCAACAGAUGACGGCAAACAGAGCCAUCCAUCCAGUUAGGGGCCAGCUCCUCUCUCUGAGCACAACGCCAGCUCAGAAACUGAAGAUAAGCCCCUCGACCUCUGAAGCACUUCGUGUCUGCAUAGCAGCAGCACAGUAGCACUUGUCAAGAAAUUAGGGGUGCACCGAUUGCAGGUUUCUGGCCGAUCACCGAGCUUUGAAUAACCUGGCAUUACGAUUUUGAUCGAUACUGAUUUUUUACUAUUUGACACGGUCAGUUAUCAUAAAAUCACAAAACACCUUCAAUACUUCAAACUUAUCUUGAAAAACAUUAGUCAGUACCCAUGUAACAAUAAAAACCUCUCAAAUAACUGCUCCCAAAUAUAAAGUUAAAGCAUUCAGUUGGUGAUUUUCAGACCAUUGCAGAGGCAGAUAAGAUCGGUCUCACAUCUAAGUGUCGGCCAAUCAGCAAUCUCCAAAAAUUAAAGAAGUCGUGGCCAACCGAUCAAUCGGUGCAGACCUAUAAGAAAUGCCAAAAUAAGGUUCCUCUUUAAAUAAACUGUUUUGUUUUGCA